UGUAAGAAAAAGUGCGACGAAAGAAAAAUCAUCCUCAAGCCGUUGGCGGAGCAGCUUCGCCUGGAAGGUGUUUAAAGUGCCGCUUAAUCUGCCCGGGGAAGAUUGUAUUUCCUGAUUGUUUUCUGCGAUCCUUUUGUGUUUCUCGUGCCAGUGUGUGUGUGUGUGUCUGUGUGUGUGGGGGGCGUCCUUGACACACACUCUCUCCCCUUCUCAGCGGAGAACGCGCUGCAGUGAAGAUGCAGCACCAUCCAGGUUCGUGGUACAUUCCGUGGGGCGUCCCGGGCAUGGGACUGCAGAAGAUGCUGGCGGUGCCGUUCAAUCCGGCCACGUCCGGGUUCCAUCAGCCGCAGAUAGCGGCCGCAGCCGUACAGCCACCGACCGUACAGCAGGUGCAGAGUCCGCAGGUGCAGCAGGCUGCCGCGACACAGCAGGCCGCCUAUCAGCAUCCGCUGCAUCAUCCGGCCGCGGCACUGCAUAACACGGCCGCCGUGGCCGCCGCAGCUGCAAUGCAUCAGCAUCAGCAGCACCAGCACCAGCACCAGCACCAGCAUCCGCAUCAGCACCAGCAUCAGCCGCUGCAUCCGGUGGCUGCAGCGGCCAUGUUCACACCGCUGACACUGCGUAGCUUCGUCACACAUCCGCAUCUGAAUCUGGGCCAGCAACCGAUGGCUACCGCUCAGCAGCCUCAACAACCGCAGCUCACAGCGAGCCAAACGCAGUCGCAGCUAACCACCAUCAAUCUGAACAGCGUCGGUGUCGUACCAGUGCGCCAGAAGACGGCCCCGGUCAGCGUCCCGUCGAACACACUCAUCAUGCCGAUGAGAAAGAUUAUCAUGACGGAAAAGGAAAAAACGAAACUGGUCUCAACCGAGAAGCGAAAAGCGGACGAAAGCGAACCGGUCAAGGAUUUGAAAAAGGCUAAGCUGGAAACCAAAGCGCUGAAAGCAAAACGGCCCGGUUUCACUGAUGAGCGGUACCAUGAAACAUCGUACUAUAUUGAAAAUGGCCUGCGAAAAGUUUAUCCGUACUAUUUCACCUUCACCACGUUUACUAAGGGCCGCUGGGUUGGUGAGAAAAUUUUAGACGUAUUUGCCAGGGAGUUUCGAGCACACCCAGCCGAAGAGUACGAACGGUGCAUCAAAGCAGGUACUCUAACCGUGAACUACGAAAAAGUGCCAACGGACUAUAGGUUAAAACACAACGAUCUCCUAGCGAACAUCGUACACAGACAUGAAGUUCCAGUAACUAGUCAGCCAAUCACAAUAGUGCACAUGGACGACGAUAUUGUGGUUGUGAACAAACCAGCAUCUAUACCAGUACAUCCCUGUGGACGUUACCGUCACAAUACGGUCGUGUUCAUCCUGGCGAAGGAGUAUAAUCUGAAAAAUCUCCGCACCAUCCAUCGGCUGGAUCGGCUCACGUCCGGUUUGCUGCUGUUCGGGCGCAGUCCCAAGAAGGCCCGCCAAAUGGAGCACCAGAUUCGGAAUCGGCAGGUGCAGAAAGAGUACAUCUGCCGGGUGGAAGGCGAAUUUCCCGAUGGCAUCAUCGAGUGCAAGGAGCCAAUCGAGGUAGUCAGCUACAAGAUCGGUGUGUGCAAGGUUUCUCCCAAGGGUAAGGAAUGUACGACCACAUUCCAGAAGCUCGGUUUCAACGGCAGCAGCAGUGUCGUCCUGUGCAAACCCCUCACCGGUCGCAUGCACCAGAUUAGGGUGCAUCUGCAAUAUCUCGGCUACCCGGUAGUGAACGAUCCUCUGUACAACCACGAUGUGUUCGGGCCGGCCAAGGGCCGUGGUGGCGAUAUCGGUGGCAAAAGUGACGAGCAGCUGGUGAAGGAUCUGAUCAAUAUUCACAAUGCAGAAAAUUGGCUCGGCAUCGACGGUGACUCCGAACUGUCAAUGUUUAAACCGAUGAAAAACGAUCUGGACGAUGUGAAAGGACAAAUACUGUCGGACGAUGACUCGGAAAGCGUAUCCCGCGAGGCGUCACCCUGCUCGGAAAGUCCACGGCCCGUAUCGCUCGGCAGCGAAAGCCCCCAUGAGAAUAUGUGCGCCUCGAUGCUGGUUCCUAAUGCACUGUGCGCGGUUAGCAGCACCGGCAUUAGCACGAACACUAGCACCGGCAACAGCAACAGUGCCGUCAGUGCGGUGGGCACCAACACCACCAUCCUGUGCAGCCGGAUGCAGUCCCAAAAGCGGAAACCAAAAUCGGCUUGGGAAUGCACGAAACGUGCCAGUACACCGUCCCCAACCUUGGCAGCCGCAGCACCCAUCGGUCAGGUUGAUGAUGCAGGAACAGCAUUUGAAGAGUGCAACAAAUUGGCAACAGUACCAACGAGUGUUGCCAUUGCUGGCAGUGCUGUUGCUGGUACUACUUCUGCUGCUGCUGCUGCUGCUGCUGUUGCCGCUGUUACUGCUACUUCUGCCGCUACGGUGGCCAUUGAUGCUACUGGUGCUAAUGUUACCGUCGCCACCCAAACAGGACACGAAUCGCCCGACUUAGCCUUUAAUCCCGAUAAAAUGACAACCGACAAACACUGCUACGAAUGCAAAGUGCGCUACCGUGAUCCGAAGCCACAGGAUUUGGUCAUGUAUCUGCACGCCUGGAAGUACAAGGGUCCUGGCUGGGAGUACGAAACGGAACUACCGGAAUGGGCUAGAGUGGACUGGCACGAUAAUGAAUUUGAGUAGGGAUUAGGAGCACGCAAAUAACUUUCCGGUUUUGCAUGCAGCAAAGGGCAACCUCAUAACGCAAGCUGUACGCAAACCGAUGGCAAACGGAAGGCAAAACUGUGACCAAAACACGUGUGAUUUCAAACAUUGUGUUCUACGUAACGUAAGUCGACGUACGACUACUAAAAAAAACAAACAAACAAACAUAAAUCACAAUUUAGCGAAGAAAAAAGACACAAACCGAAUGGAUCAAAGUGCACCCCAUGUAGUGGAAAUGCGCAGCGUGUGGAAGACUCCGAAGCUUCAAAAUAGUAGGGAUAUUUUUGUUAAGAAUAUUCAUAACAAACACAAUAACGCAACUGGAACCAAUCGCAGAAGAAAAGCCGCACGCACAUGAAACCACACAAGAAGGGUGGAAGAAAGUCUUACCAAAACCAUAAAUCAAAACUAGGAAGAAAUGGGGCGUGUGAGAGUGUGUGUGUGUAUCCCUAUUUACAUACAAUAUAUUAUCAAACGUUCAAUGAAGCGGCAGUGGAUACACCAGACAGCACAACCAUAUCGCGUAUGGUGAUAAAAGAAGGGGGGUACCCAAUUGCGAAUAGGAAAAACCCCCCGUAAUGAACUCUUACCAAUAGCGGCGGUAUGUAAUAUAACACUUUUUUUGUACAAUGGAUCAUAUAUGUCAAACGUUAGACGAUAGCGUAAAAGCUUGCUACUGGGCAACGAAGCAUUAACGGAUGUCUGGCCGCACAGCAAGCAGAACACAGUUGUAACGAUCUUCUUCCGUCUCGGAAAAAGGUUGUACGAAUUAUGACACUGCAGUUAACGUUAUAUUUUUAUUGCUAGUUAUAGUUAUCGAAGCAAAGGCGUAUAUUGGAUCUAUCAUCUAACGGCCGGGAGCAUGUGUGCAUGUUACAAGACGUGCAUGACUGUGUGUGUUUUGAAUUAUUACUUACUGCGAAUUUUAUAACAAACAUAAAAGAAAACUCUACUGAAUAGUGUCGUUCGACAACAUAUUUCUUAUUCACGUUGCACAACGAGCAAAUGAUAUCGUUCUGGUUUUCUUUCACACCUUUCUGCGUUGUUGUUUGCGAAAAUUCGUAUUGUUUUAUAUAAUUUCUUGGUAAUUGAAAUGUUAGUAUGCAUUUAUAACCGCUAUCACACUCUAUUGUUCCGUAAACAAAAACUAUUAACUUUGGUUAUCUUUAGUUUCCGUUUAGCGGCGUUGAAGUAUUCUUGUUUUCUUACCGCCUCUUAUCAUGUACUAGGAGUAAAUAAGGUCUGUGAGGUUACGAAAUCAAACUAAAUUGCCGUUUGCAAUUGGACAAUACAGUGACAACUAAGAUUCAGUUCACUUGACGUUGUGGACUCAGCAAACGAGCGGGAGAGAUAAGGAAGCAGUAAGCGGUCCCUCCCGGAUACCAAAUAGUUUGUAUGCAGCGUUUUCGAAUUGUUUCUUCGAAGCAAACAACGGUGCAGCUAUGCUACAUAAAAUAGAACCAAUAAGCGAACGAAGACGAAUGCGAAGUGUAUGGAUUGUUUGCAAAAGGUGCAACCAAAAAGACCACAAGCAGUGCGGGAGUUUACUUUAAGUAACCAAACAACAACAAACAAAAAACAUUUAUCGUAAAGUAAAACUUGUCACGAAACAAAAGACGAAAGGCAAUGUAAAUUGCUGCUAUCAUAUUAGCGUACGUUUAGUUAGUAAAGUUAAUUGUAUGUUGUGUUUUUUUUUUAAUGUACUUCUUUAGCUUUAUCAAACUCUCUGUAGACAACAAGACGACAAAAGCGCGCGUAUAUGUUAUCAUCGUUAACUACUAACCACGAGUUUCUGGUGUAGCUCAGCAUAAUGAAUGCCACCACACGAAAACGGUGUAACAAAACCACUGUUACCAGUUCUGUGUUUUGGUAGAUGUUUCUAUAAUUUGAUUGCUUUUAUUUGUCUUGCCGGGGCAAUUUUCGGGGACUUUCUCGAUCCGAGCCACUGCCGUGUGCCAAACUGGCAGAACGUGGUGAAAACAACUGCAACGAAACCACACGCAACCCAAGUCGUCAUUCAAUCAACCACCACCACCACCUUCGUAUGGUUGAUUUUGGCACUUUCUACGUUUGACCAACAUUUCCAGAAGUUUGGGCUUUCGAUUAGAAUGGUUCACGACUGGCUUCGACUGGAGUGCGCUACGACUGCUGCUUUUUUGCCGUUUUGCUAUUGUCUCCAUCCGUAAGUAAUUGGUGGUCGGAAUGGAACCAUCCGAAUUUACGGCAAAAAUUCACAAACGUAAAUAAAACACCAACGAAAAAAAAAAAAUACAACACGCACCACGUACCAACAUUUUGCUCCAUAGGGGACAAUUUUCGGUGUGUUCCUGAUUGGAAUGAAUUCUCGACUCAAUGGUUUCCCCGUGUGCGACAACGGAAGGACAUACGGUGUGAGAGGAGGGAUAGGAAAGGGAAAAGAAUUCACGUUUUUUCACGAGGUGUACCAACCCGCCCACCUGUACGAGCAGGAAGUUGUCGCUGGUAAUUCGAGAGUUCGAGGGAAAAGUUUCCGAAUACAGGCGCCGCGUUGUUGGAAAAUUAACUUUUCCACCUUGCGAAUGUGAGGACUUGAAAGUUAAAAUGUACAUUGAAACACAGUUGUGCCGAUAGAACACAUAUGAAUGGAGCUGUUACCCUGCUGUUCUUUGCCCUAAGAUGUGCAAGUUACCUUGCCACAAUUGGAACAAGAUGGUUGUGGCAGAUCGUUUCGGGGUUCGGGUACUUGUGGUGUGGUGAAUGCGAUUGCGGAAAAGAUAGGGCGGAAACAAAGUAAGGAAAAGUUGAAAGUUAAAAAUCAAAUGUAGCAUAAAUACAUAAGACGGCGGCGGUAGCAGGUUUCAAGAUUCCACGUUCUUCUACUGAGCAAUCAAGUUGAGACCCCCCAAAAAAAAAAGACAUAAACGUGUUAAGCUGUGAAAGUGCGACUUAGAAAAGGCGAGCCGAGAGUGCGAUUAAUUCACAAAAAAAAAGGAAAACCGCCUGGUAGCAAGAACAAAACACGCACACAAACACACACAGAGAAGACCGGGAAGCAAUGGUAAUCUAGUGCAUCGAACUACCAAGACCUGGCUUUAUAAAAAGCCGAUGAACUAUGCUCUACAACUUUAGCGUAUUUUGGGUAGCAGGAAGUAAGGAAAACUAUCCAUCAUCGAGUCGUAGUGUCGAGUCGAGCAGCAGCAGUAGGAAGUCUCGAUCGGAACUUCACUCGCAAAUGUAUGCAAAGGAAAUGAGAAUUCCUUUCCACCGCGUCUUUUCCACACUGGCAGGCUCCGUUUUUUCUCACUUUUUCAUCCAUUUUCCCAACGAAACGCUACGUUUUCUGAUUGUCCUAGAGGCUAGAGGCCAGCAGGUGUGGAAAGCGUAGCAUUCUGUGCUACAGUUACUUGCGAAAUGCUAAAGUUAUUUGAAAAUCAUGAUUUGCAACCGGAAACGAUCGACGGUAAUGAUAUUUGUUCGUGCUCUUUUGCAGAGCAGAACGAAGAUAGACAAAAUGCAUCAGCUAAAGGAAGGAUAGUUUUUUAAUCAAAAUUGAUGUGCAUUUUUCAUUUUAUAGCAAACAAAACGGUUGAGAGAGACAGUGCAAGUCCGUUCACCAUUUUUAUAUAAUUAUACUAGCCGAAAAGUGUACUAUCUUGCGUGCGUACGUACGUGGUUGGCAAGUUUAUUACUCUUCUCUUCAUUCGCUCUUUCAUUCGUACUCGUAUGUUUACGACAGGGAGAUCAUGUAAACGACAAAAGACACAUUUUCUAAUCAUUCACUUUUAAUAUUUUCUGCUCGUGUUAAAUUUGUUAGUGUUUUUGUAUGUUUUUCUCUCCUUAUCUUCUAAAGAAAUAAGAUUCUGCUCAGCUCUACUGUGAGCUUUUUUCCUAGCGUUUAGUUAGUAUGUUCUGUGUUUUGAAUUAGUAUGUUAGUCUGUGCAUUACCUCCUCUUGUUCUGUGUUUUUUUUAUGUUGUGCAUUGCCUGUAUAUGUACGUUAUGUGUUUAGUGCGUAUAGACGACGAUUUUAUGUUACUUAUCUAAAUGUUUUAUUUAAUAGAAUUUUAUUUUUAGUUUGCUCGGUGUUGCAACUAUCACCAUUCAACAAUUUCGUGUGGCAUUCGACUAGGAAAAGCAAAGGCAUUCAAACCAUGUGCAAAAACCAAUAGGCAACAAUGCGGAACAUUCAGUUUAGUUUAUUUAUAAAUGGAAACUUAUUCGUUUUUUUAUAGUUUAAUUAUAAUUUUAUUGAUUAUGUGGUUAUGCAAUAUGAUGGUAAACGAAAUAAUUUAAUUUUCUUUGCUUUAUUAUAAUGCCUUUGUGCCCUGUGUCAAAAAGACAAAUGAAGACUUCUUCUAUAAUGUUUUGUUAGCUUCCUUUUAUAUUGUUCCUUUUUCAUGUUUUGUUUUUGUUGUCUUUAUAUUUGAUUAUUAUUAUUUCUUCCUUCUUUUACUAUUAUUACUUAACUUCAAUACUUUCUCUUUUUUCCGUGCCACACCUAAUAGUAUAAUUUUCGUAACGUAUCUUAAUUUAAAAGCCCGAUUCGUGUUUAAACAUUUUGUAAUUUUGUUGCUCAUCGAUAUCAAU